CUUGUCUAGAGUUCAACACAGACACAAACAAGCUGAGAUUCCUUUCGCGCUCUUUUCUACUUUAUUUUGCAUUAGUAACUUUUCUAAAUGCUUUGAGAUUUCCCUCGUUGCUGCUGCUUUUAUUUGGGGUGCUUUCUUCAGCCAGACAAUCAAAAGUCUUCACCUGCGCCGGAUUUGUUUGACCUGAUUAGGCUCGCUCGUGCACUUUUAAUUGGCUGCUUUAGCAUUGCGCGGUUGAAACUCAAAGCGAGAAGUGGCAUGAUGUACAGCAUGAUGGAGCACGAGCUGAAGACCGCUGGUCCACCCCACACCCUCCAGCACAGCCCGGGCAUGUCUCCUCCGGGCAGCGGGGUGGGAAACGCGCACCACGGUUCGAAAACCGCUUGUCCGCCAGGCGUGGACCCGAUGGACAAAGUCAAGCGGCCCAUGAACGCGUUUAUGGUCUGGUCUCGGGGUCAGAGGAGGAAGAUGGCCCAGGAGAACCCUAAAAUGCACAACUCUGAGAUCAGCAAACGGCUCGGCGCGGAGUGGAAACUUUUAACGGACGUGGAGAAGCGGCCGUUCAUCGACGAGGCCAAGCGGCUGCGGGCGGUGCACAUGAAGGAGUACCCCGACUACAAAUAUAAGCCCCGGCGCAAGACCAAAGCUCUCAUGAAGAAGGACAAUCCUGUCGGCAAAUAUCCUCUUGCAGCGGGCAACUUGUUGGCAUCGGCUGUGGCGCAGGGACAAGGUGGCAGCCCGAGGAUGGACGGCUACGGCUGGGGUCACGCCGGUGGGUACAUGGGCAUGCAGGGGGACGCGCUCGGAUACCCGCAGCAACUUCACCGGUACGAUCUGUCAGCUCUGCAGUACCCGGCGGCACAGCCCUACAUGAACAGCGCCAGCUCUUACAGUCAAAUGUCCUACAGCAGCAGUGCUCAGCAGCCCAGUCCGGUGAUGUCCAUGGUUAAACCAGAACCCCUGUCGCAUUCACCCACUGGAGUACCAAACCACCACCGUGGUGCUUUCCAAGGGGACCUGAGGGACAUGAUUAGCAUGUACAUUCCAGGCGGUGAUACCAGCGAAAGCUCAAACCAGAGGGCUUACCCUGGUGUCCAACAGCACUAUCUUGGUGGAACUGUUCCCCUCACUCACAUCUGAAGUUUAGGGAAAUUUUUCCCUGAACUGCUAUUAGUUGGAUCCUUAUUGGGACCGUAGUGCCACUCAUAGACCGUGUGGAUUACUGAACACUUCUGAUUGUUUACUACCUCCUCGCUUUGAAUGAUCUGAAGUUCUGUGUUGAAACUGUAUAGAAAAUUUUACCAUUUCAGUCUUCUGUGUUUUGACCGGGGACCUUUCAUUUUCUAACUUCUCCUGAAAUUAGGAUAAUUCAGUCAGCCUUUUUUCCUCCAAGUUCCAGUUCAGACAUCCUCUUCCUAAAUUCAUAUGUUUUUUUUAAUUAUUAUAAUUAUAAACAGUGUUCUUUUGUGCUUCAUGCAAUGUUUAGAACAUGCGUUGUUCAUGCAGCAGUGGGCAAUCAUGAUCCAAAACCUAAUUGGGGUACAAAACAGGGCGACUCUGAAAACAGGUCAACCAAUAAUAAUCACAAUGGCCAGUAAUAGACAUACCAUGUGACCUCUAGUGUAAAUUAGUUUUUGUUUUGUGAAUCCUGCUAUUAUACCCAAACUGGCUAAGCGCACUGAAUAACUGAGUGUUUGGUCAAGUUGACCUUUGUUUCUUUAGGUUUGGGUAUUGAUGUAUAGCGAAGUGUUUUGGACAAUCUCAGGGCCUCCUUCAAAUAAAUAGUGAGAAGAUGACGGUAUAGAUUGCCUUUAUUGAAUGGGUUCAUAAUAGUGAGGAGAAAGUCAUUAUACUUUUCUUACUUUUAAAUAAUAUCUGAUUUUCACAUGUAUCAAACUUGUUUGUGAACUAAUCUUUUUGUUUCUAGUCUUUACAAGGUAAUUGCACUCCUGUAAAUGGUCAGUUUUUGGCCAUGCAGAUUGCUAAAUGUUGAGUUUUUCUAGUUCCAGCAUUUCCCUCUUAAGGGCUAAACUCGAAUGCACUGAUCUUCGCUGUCAGUCAAUGCACUUCGUUAGACUAGAAGGGUUUCUACCUCCUCUGGUCUUUCUCAUUCUGCCACAGCAUUAAGUCUGCUGCUACCAUUACAGUAUGGUUGACCAGUGAGUUCAGUGGACUUGACUGAAAUUUUCUUUUCACAGUGUGACCUUUUGUCAACAAAAUGCAAAGUCAUGUCAAGGUUAGUUUUGAACUCCUGAACUGCAGGUGGCAUUUUUGUGGCUGUCAGAAUUAAAUUUGACUUUUUUUUUUUUUUUUUUUUUUUUUUUUUGCUGCCACAAAGUUCGUUCAGUUAGAUACUAAUGUUUUUGUUAAUUGAAUGGUGAUUUAAGCACAAUGGGGAAAAAAAGUUUACAUUACCAUUGAAGUGAGUUUGCAGCUUGCUGUUUUUUUUUUUUUUCUUUAAUAAUUUUAAUCUAGGUUGUAAAUACCCUUUUUGUACAGUGUAUAUUGGUUUUGUGGCUCUUAUAAGGGCCGUUUUACAGAAUAAAAAAAUGACAACGC